UUAUUCAUUGGUAUCGUUAACAGUGUUAACACUGAAAUUGUAAAGAUCUGUUUUCAGAACAUACACACGCGAACAUUCUUCAUGACGUUUUCUUCUUCAUUACAGCUCGGGGAACAGACACAGUCUCAAUACAGUGAACCCUGAGUGACGACUCUAUGCAGCUAGCAGACGGUUGGUUUAGCCUGUCUGUCUGCUCCCUGGCCUGGGCUCUGGAUUGUCACCGAUUAACUAGGCCUCUUCUGAGACUAUGAGCUAUACUACAGGAAAUGAGAGCAGCACCUUCCUGAGUGGGAUGGACACCGUCCCGCCCUAACAGGCCAGUUUUGCCCUCAAAGGUCUUCUAAUUGUCUAUGAAGCCCACGUUGUUUUUGUAUGAACGAAAAAGCAAUAUAAUUAAAAUGCUGAUACAUAAAAUGUAAGGCUAAAAAUAAUAGUGUAUGUGUAGAAAUAGCCUUAAAUAGUUUCUAGUGUUUAGUUUACAGUUUAUGUAUUAUUUAUUAAAAUACAAAUGUUUAGAUAAAUGUGACUAAAUCACAGAUAUUUUGAACUGUUGUCAUGUUUGCACUGUUAGAUAAAACUUUAAAGUUUAGACUGUUGAUAAUGUUUCGUUCUUAAGCUCAUAUAACAUGAAUACACGUGAAUAACAUGCAAGGACACUCAGGAAUGUUUCCUCUGUGGUACUAUAAACUCUGCUUGACUAAAUGUGACAGAGAUCGUGUUGUUAUUAAAGAAACCUUUGUUUCAUUACAACAUCUUGACAUAAUACAACCAAAACUUACACUUACAACAAAUGUUUUAAAAGCUGUUCCGGUAGACAACUAUUAAGGGGCAUCUGGACUAAAACACAAGAAACAUUUAUUACAGAAAUUGGUGAGAGUUAUUAUAACUGACUUUGUGUCUGUGAAUGAACGUCACUUUUCCAAAAUUAAUGCAGGAUUUAGACAGACGUGAUGUUUCAGUAUUUAGGAUCAGGAUGGGAAUGAAAUGAUCGUAUGUGUUUAUUUAUCACAAUAUUUAAUGUAAUAUUUACUGCAGUGGUUAAUUUCAAUGUCAAUAACUUAUACACAUUUAUACAGCAGCAGUUUCGCAUGCAGUGACCUGAAUAAAAAAAUAUUCAUGUCUAAUUUAUGUAGAAUCUCAUGGUGUAAAUGUUUUGUUUGUUUACCUUUAAUGUACAUGAUUUAAUAUUUGUGCGUCUUUAUUGUUUCAGAUAAACAUGCUUGUACAAGUUCUGAAGUGGAUUUGCGGGUCUGAGUUCCAUUCCCGGCCAGGCUCGAUUCCCGUCUCUGUGUGCAUGGAGUUUGUAUGUUCUCCCCGUGCUUGGUGGGGGUUUCCUCCAGGACCAAGGAGAAGGAAGCUGAGGACCACUCUGCUGCUUAGCACGACUGCUCUCUGUUUGUUAUUUGUGAUGCGGACAGGCUUUGAGAACAAGAAACAACAAAAGACUACUGGCAAACCAGGUGACAAAUUUGAACCACAGCCGUCACCAGAGCAGUCCAAGAAUUUGUCCCACAAAUGUCAGAGAAAUGUCUCUGUGUCUAACAUCACUGGGUUUUCCACUUUGCCAGAAAAGAUUAAAAACUUUUUGUUUUACCGACACUGCCGGCAUUUCCCGAUGCUACUUAAUGUUCCCGGUAAGUGCGGCGGUCCUCAGAACUCUCCACAGGUUUUCCUGCUGCUGGUCAUUAAAAGUUCUCCACCCAACUAUGACCGACGGGAGGUUCUGAGAAAAACAUGGGCUUCAGAAAGACUUCAGAGUGGCAUGUGGAUCCGCACUGUGUUUAUAUCAGGCACCACAGGUAAUGGUUUAGAGAAGGAAAGACUCAAUAAACUUCUGGAACUGGAGAACCGUAUGUACCAGGACAUCAUUCAGUGGGACUUUCAUGAUUCUUUUUACAACCUCACGCUGAAGCAGGUCUUAUUCCUGGAGUGGAUGGAGAGGUUUUGCCCUCAUGUGCACUUCCUCCUCAAUGGAGAUGACGACAUUUUUGCCAACACAGACAACAUGGUGCAGUAUCUCAAAGGGUUACAUGAUAAUGAUGGAAGCAAACACCUGUUCACCGGCCACUUGAUGCAAUAUAUGGAGCCAAUUAUGGAACCAGCCAGCAAAUACUACUUCCCAGUCCAGAUCUAUGAAUCAAAGCAUUAUCCUCCAUACUGCAGUGGGGGAGGCUACCUCUUGUCACAAUUCACUUCCAGAAUCAUCUACAACAUGUCUCAAUCCAUUACCUUGCUCCCUAUCGAUGACGUUUACAUGGGAAUAUGUCUGGAAAAAGCUGGACUUAAACCUGUCUCGCAUAUUGGAGUGAAGACACUGGGCCUGCACAUUCCCUCAAAAAAGCUGGACAUGUACAAUCCAUGCUACUACCGUGAGGUUCUCCUGGUCCACAGGUUCCUCCCUCAUCAGAUAUUUUUAAUGUGGCAUGAAAUCUAUCGGAGCGAUUUGGUUUGUGAACGGAGAGGAUUUAAUGCCCAGCCUGAGGAUUUAGUACCAAAAUGAUGCUGUGAGAAGUGUGAGAGACGUUAAGAAGAAGGAAGGUUUAUAGGUUAUAUGUUUACUUUAGAAACCAAUGAAAAAAUGUACAAUAGUCAGAGGUGUCAAGUAAUGAAGUACAAAUACUUUGUUACCUUACUUAAGUAGAAAUUUUGGGUAUCUACUUUACUGGAGUAAUUAUCUUUCAGCUGACUUUUUACUUCUACUCCUUACAUUUUCACGCAAUUAUCUGUACUUUCUACUCCUUAUGUUUUAAAAAUAGCCUCGUUACUCCUAUUUUAUUUCAGCUUGUCAUUUAAAAAGCAAACAAACACAAAAAGAAAACAUCCGGAUAAAUCGCGCCAUACGGAUGGAGCGAAUUUGAUUGUGGUUGGAUGAGAAGUACACUGUAAAAAAUGAUUGUAAGGCUAUGUAAAUAAAACAAACAAAAAAAGUGUAUUUUUUACUAAUAAUAAUUUUGUUAAAGUGAAAACUUUAGAGUAUUAAGUAAAACCUAUAUAUUUACUUAAUUUAGACUUGCAAAUCUUAAACCUUCAACAGUCAAGUAAAUGUUACUUAUGAUUCUUUGACAAAUCUAAACAAAUUAAUAAAGUACUUAUGUACCUUUAGAAAAUCAAGUAGAAUUUAAGCUGACUUUAGGUAAUCAGCGCAUGCGCAAAAAAAAAAAGCUCUCCCGCAAUCAUCACCUUCUCUAAAGUGCUUCUCCGUUUUCUUUGACAGGUAAGUAAUAAUUAAAAAUGCAUAAUAUUUUGGACAUUAUAUAUUUGGUAAUUGUGUUAACCCUGAGCAAUUGAGUUGUCAUCACUCAAUUCUGUAUAUUUUCUGGACAUUUGGAAACGCGAGUUGAUAAUCUUCAGUCUACACCACACGACAUAUUUAAAAUCUCC